AAAAAAAGCCUCACAAUGGCUGAAUAGGAUCUGUACCCUGUAGUGGUAAACCAGCUUUGAGAGGUGGGAAAUGACUUGCAAGCAAAGGUCUAUGUUUACUCUUUGAGAACCUGAGGUUUUAUCACAAAAAUCUCAGCAGAAUGAGGGUCCUGAAGAGAGCCUUCCAGUUCAUCCUCAGAAGAGAAGUGAGGCUCUAUCAAAACCCUGCGAGGGUCAAAGAUUUCCACUUCAGAGUUCAUCCGUCUGUGUCUCAAGCUGUGGCGCAAAACAAGCCGGUGGUUGCACUGGAGAGCACAAUUAUCACCCAUGGCAUGCCCUACCCACACAACCUGAGCACUGCAAACGAGGUCGAGGCCAUUGUGCGAGCCGAAGGAGCCACUCCCGCCACGAUCGGCGUCGUUGAAGGGGAAAUCUGCGUCGGAUUGACAUCAUACGAGCUUGACCGUCUCGCUCGAUCCAAAAGCCCCCUGAAGGUGUCUCGACGGGAUCUGCCUUAUGCCGUCGGCAAAGGUCUCUCCGGGGGAACGACGGUCUCAGCCACAAUGAUUGCAGCACACAGGGCUGGGAUCCCUGUUUUCGUCACAGGAGGCAUCGGAGGAGUUCACAGAGACGGACAGAACAGUCUGGACGUCAGUGCAGAUCUAACGGAGCUUGGCAGAACUCCCGUCGCUGUCGUCUCUGCCGGAGUCAAGUCUAUCCUGGACAUCGGCCGCACCCUGGAGUUCCUCGAGACACAGGGUGUGUGUGUUGCAACUUACGGUGAAUCUAAAGAUUUCCCAGCAUUCUUCACUCCAAACAGUGGAUUCUCCUCUGCGUGUAACGUCCGCAGUGCUAGCGAGGCUGCAGAACUCAUUGCAAGCACUUUGUCUCUGGGUCUUCAAAGUGGCCUCCUGAUAGCAGUGCCCAUCCCAGAGGAGCAUGCAGCCGCUGGCCAGCAGAUACAGGAGGCCAUACAAACUGCAUUGACAGCAGUCGGCUCUGAAGGUGUUACAGGCAGAGACGUAACACCUUUUGUUCUUCAAAAGGUCAACGAGUUGACUCAAGGAAAGUCCCUCCAGGCCAACAUUGCUCUCAUUCACAACAAUGCUAAAGUCGGCAGUCAGAUAGCCUGCGCAUUGUCAAAGCAGAUGAGUGAAAAAAGAUCAAAAAGUCUAGCUCAGCAUCCUGGAAAACCCCCAAAUGACUCAGAAGUUGUUGUCAUAGGAGGAAUAAAUGUUGAUUUUAUUGCCAAAGGGAAAACAAAAACACUUCAUUUUGGACAGACUAACCCAGGAAGUGUCUGCCAGUCGUUUGGGGGCGUGGGACGGAACAUCGCUGACUCGCUGAGUAGGUUAGAAAAGACGCCGCUGUUCAUCUCCGCCACCGGAGCGGAUGCAAACAGCGAUGCAGUUUUUAACCACUGUAAACAUAUGAACACAAGUGGUGUGGCCAGACUGGAGAAGCAGAACACAGCAACGUACUGCGCUGUUAUCAACGACAAUGGGGAACUGAGUCUUGGUUUGGGAGACAUGGAUAUUCAUCAGCAAAUUACAGAACGCUAUGUUUCACAGUUUGAAAAACAGAUUUCAUCCGCCACACUUGUGUGCCUUGAUGGAAACAUCCCCGUCUCCACCAUCAAUUAUGUCUGUUCUCUUGCUGGGAAGCACAACUUAAACAUUUGGUAUGAACCAACAGAUGUAGAAAAGGCUUGUAAGCCUUUCCUCUCAGACGCUUGGAAGUCUUUGUCCUAUUCGUCUCCAAACCUGGCAGAGUUGUGCAUGAUGAACAAAACUCUGGGUCUCACGGUUCCUGAAGAGCUGCCUGCCUCUCUUGAUGAGAUCCUGACGGUUGCCAUGGCUCUCUCACGCCCUCUUCUGGAGAGUCUCCACUGUCUGGUGGUGACUGUUGGGCCUGAUGGUGUGCUGCUGUGUGGCCAGCACGAAGCAGGCUCAGUUGACCUGCAGCCGAGGAAACAAAAAAGAAAGCGGCAGCUUUGUGCGCUACACUACCCAGCAUUGACCGUGACUCCAGAGGAGACGAUGAAUGUGUCUGGAGCAGGAGACAGUUUUGCAGGUGCCUUAAUGGCAGGGAUUCUUCAGAAAAAAGACACGGACAGCUGUGUUCGGAUGGGCCUCCUGGCUGCGAGGAUUUCCCUGUCAUCGCCACAUCCCAUCUCACCAACACUCAGCUUAGACUCUGUGGAUCCCAGCAAAGUCCAGGCACCAAAAUGGCCCACGCCGGGCUUUGUUUGGCUCGACUGAGAUUUAAAUUCCAGAGUUUUCGUUGUGUUAUUUUUUUUAUGUCUCACAAUUAUUAUUCAAGGAACUGUUAUAACUUUUGACCAGAGAACCUGUUUUCUCAAAGCUUUUACCUUUUUAUUAUUCCAUAAUAAAAUACUUGAAGGUAUUUUAA